UGGGUCUUGUAUCAGAGCUGUCCAGAGUCUCAACAGCUGCACACCGUUAACUAGUUCUAGAUUAAAUUUUGAAUCAGUCGUUUUCCUUCCAUCGAGCCAUUCAGACAUGGAGUAUUUACUUCGCUCAAGAGGGCACAGCAGAUCUCCCUCAGACACUCAGGCAUUCCGAGAAAGAACGAAAAGAGACGCUGAGAAUGAGCUCGCAGCAGAGCUGCAGAAGCUGGAGAACACAGCACCACCGCACCUCCGCCAGGAAUUCCACGACGAAUUCGCGGGUUUUACGAAGCUCUUCCAGAGGUUCCUGCAGGACUCGGGCCCCUCAGUGGUAUGGGAGCAGAUCCAGAAGCUUCCAGAGGACGCAAUCAGGGAUUACGACUCCCUGAAGGAGCCAACGAACGAGGAAAUUCGCGACAUGUUGAACAAACUGGUGGUGGUGAAGCUGAACGGUGGCCUGGGUACCAGCAUGGGAUGUCACGGUCCAAAAUCCUCGAUAGUCGUUCGCAAUGAUCUGACAUUUCUCGAUUUAACAGUUCAGCAGAUCGAGCACCUGAACAAGGCAUACGGAGCAAGUGUUCCUCUCGUGCUGAUGAACUCCUUCAACACUGACGCAGAUACUCAGCGAAUAAUCCGAAAAUACAAAGGUUUCGACGUUAUCAUAAAGACAUUCAAUCAGAGCUGUCAUCCGAGGAUAAACAAGGAGUCACUGCUGCCAGUGGCGAGAAACUGCGACGUCAACGAGGAGCUCGAGGCCUGGUAUCCUCCAGGACAUGGUGAUUUCUACGAGAGCCUCCAGCGUUGUGGACUUCUCGAUGAAUUCAUCAAGGACGGCAGGCAAUACUGCUUCAUAUCCAACAUCGAUAACCUGGGGGCAACUGUUGACCAUAAAAUUCUCAAGCUCCUGCUGAACCCCACCACUGAGCCUCACGAAUUCGUUAUGGAAGUCACUGACAAGACAAGAGCCGAUGUCAAGGGAGGGACUCUUAUACAGUACGAUAAUAAAUUACGACUCCUCGAGAUCGCACAAGUACCCAAGGAGCACGUCGACGAAUUCAAAUCCGUUAAGAAAUUCAAGUUCUUCAAUACCAAUAAUCUCUGGGUUAAGUUCAGUGCCAUUGAGAGAAUUCUCAAGGAGAAGACCCUGGAUUUGGAGAUCAUUGUCAAUCCUAAGGUCUCUGAUACUGGAAUUCAUGUUAUUCAACUGGAAACCGCUGUGGGAGCUGCCAUGAAGUCCUUCGAGAGGUCCAUUGGCAUUCAUGUAUCUCGCAGCAGAUUUUUACCUGUCAAGAAGACUUCUGAUCUCAUGCUCGUUAAAAGCAAUUUGUAUGUUCUGAGGAAUGGAUCGUUGCUCAUGAGUCCUCAGAGGAUGUUCCCGGGGACUCCCCUUAUCAAACUUGGGGACAAUCACUUUGCCAAGGUUGAGGAGUUCCUCAGGAGAUUCAGCACCAUUCCUGAUUUGUGUGAACUAGAUCAUCUCACUGUCUCUGGGGAUGUCACUUUUGGCAGGGAUGUCUCACUCAGAGGAACUGUCAUUAUCAUUGCUAAUCAUGGGGACCGAAUUGAUUUACCCUCUGGCACGAUUUUAGAAAAUAAAAUUGUGUCGGGUAAUCUCAGGAUUCUGGAUCACUGAGGAAAAUCUCGAAAAUUUCUUGGGGGUCCAAGGGAGAUGAUUCUUGUGGAGUUAGAAAUGGUUUUUUAAUUUAAUUAUGAAUUAGAAGGAGAAUAUGGGGUCGUGAAAGAAUUUAGUGAGACCAGGAGUUUGAUUAUCUCGAUUAUCCUCCUCAGAUUGGAAAUUGGAGUACUAAUCCAGCGGUAGUCGAUGGUUUUAGUUGGAAAAAUAUAUUUUAUCGUAGGAAUCGUCUCCUUGGACGUUCUCAAUAGAUCAAUAAGUGAUAUGAUUCGUUUUUUAAUCAUGAGGGCUCUAGGAAAAUUUUAUCCCCGUUCUCUGUCCCUAUCCUAAUCAACUUGUAGAUGUUUUUUUUUCUGUCUGAAAUAUUAUUUUCGUUCUAGUCUGCACUCAAGUUAUACUCAGUCGUAAAAAUAAAAUUGUGUGGAAUUU